UGACAUCAAUCAGGGGUCAUUGGAUUCACCCGAGGCGACUCCGCUACUUAAAGCAUGCGUGGGAGAAAGUUUCACCAACUUUUCGUCGGUGCGAGUCAAGCUGUUCGGACGCGUGCACCGUGCGUAAAAGUCCACCAUGCCUACCAAGAACGUCACCGACGAGCGCAUCACGAAAUUCAAAAACAAGGGGAAGGAUCCGGCAAAACUUCGCGAGAAACGGAUCUCGGAGUGCGUGGAACUGCGCAAAGCUCACAAGAAUGAGAGCUUCCUGAAGAGACGCAACCUCACGCUGUCGUCUCUCCCGGACGAGGAGGCUCUUUCUCCCGACUACAUCUCCAACGACAGGGUCUCACUUGUAUCCUUUGAGGAAAUAGUUAAGGACGUGACUUGCGACUGCAGGGAAUCCCAAACCCGAGGCUGUCAGGUAGCCAGGAAGCUGCUUUCUCAAGAGCGUAACCCUCCUCUGAAGGAGAUCAUAGACGCUGGUCUGCUGACCCACUUUGUGUCCUUCCUGUCUAUGGACGACGAGCCGACUCUGCAGUUUGAAGCGGCUUGGGCUCUGACAAACAUCGCCUCUGGAACAUCUUGGCAUACACAACAGGUGGUGGAACAUGGUGCUGUACCAGCCUUCAUCUCUCUGCUGGCCUCACCGCUGUUGCACAUCAGUGAACAGGCUGUGUGGGCUCUUGGAAACAUUGCAGGCGACGGUGCAGCUUAUCGAGACAUCCUGAUUGAAUGCAAUGUCGUUCCAGCGCUGCUGGCCCGCAUUUCCCCGGACACACCAGUUGGCUACCUACGUAACCUAACGUGGACGUUGUCCAACCUCUGCCGAAACAAGAACCCAUUUCCACCCCUGUCUGCAGUCCUGCAGGUGCUUCCCUCUCUGAUCCAGUUACUCCAUCUCAGUGAUAAGGACAUCUUGUCUGACGCAUGCUGGGCAAUCUCCUACCUCUCAGAUGGCGACAAUGACCGCAUUGAUGUCGUAGUAAAAACUGGCAUUGUCUCCCGGCUGGUGGGGCUCAUGAGCCACGAGGAGCUCAGUGUCAUGACCCCGGCUCUUCGCUCCAUCGGCAACAUAGUGAGCGGCUCCGACGUGCAUACCCAGACGGCAAUAGAUGCUGGAGUUCUGACCAUCCUUCCUCAACUGAUGAGGCACUCAAAGGCCAGUGUGCAGAAAGAGGCAGCGUGGGCAUUGUCCAACAUCGCUGCAGGGCCCUGUAAGCAAAUCCAACAGCUCAUCACCUGCGGACUUCUCCCUCCUCUGGUAGAGCAGCUCAGAAAUGGAGACUUCAAAACUCAAAGGGAGGCAGUGUGGGCAGUGACAAACUUCACCAGCGGGGGCACUGUGGAGCAGGUGGUCAAUCUUGUGCAGAGUGGCGCCCUGGAGGCAAUAAUCAACCUGUUGCAGGUCAAAGACGCUAAAGUAAUUCUGGUCAUACUGGAUGCCAUCAAUAACAUGUUCAUGGCGGCAGAGAAGCUCGGUGAGAUGGAAAAACUCAGCCUGUUGGUUGAAGAGCUGGGAGGGCUGGACCGCAUAGAGUUGCUGCAGAACCAUGACAAUGAGAUGGUGUACCAGGCUGCACACAACCUCAUAGAAAAGUACUUUGGUGACGAUGAGAUUGGGGGCAUCAAGGUUGACACUACUGAUGAUGCGUUUGUAUUUCAGUGCUCUGAUGUUCAGAAAACCUUUGAAUUUUAAUGUGAUAUGCUAUUGUAUGUGUUUUAAUUUAUGUUCAAAAUAAAAUAUAUUGCAUUAAA